CUUGGGGACUGAACUGAAAGAGGAGAUCUGAUUGUCGCUCUCCUCAUUCACUAAGAAGAAAAGGAAGAGCAGACUGCCCCAGGAAAUGCAGAAACAGGGUCAGAGUAAGCAAAUCAAAUGUCUCCUCCGCCAAAUUAUAUCUUCUCCUCUUCAUCAGCCUCUUCAGUUGCUCCUUAUCACUUGAGGUGGCAAGUAUCGAAUUUGCAGACCCAAGUUGGCUUCUUGCUGGAGCAGCUUCGUGCUGAUAGACACGAAGAAGAAGCAUUUGCCAAAUUUUCCGAUCGAGUUAUUCGCAUCGCAGUCUCUCUAGAUAAGCUUGCCGUUAGUCUUUCACCUGGUCAAAUAAUUGAGAAUUCGCUUCCUGGGAUAGGCGAAGUGAGCCAUGUUGAUGAGGAUGCCAGUGAUCCUAAGGAAAAUGAAGCCGGAGAAGGGUCGAGCAGCAGCUGGGUGUUCAAAUCAGGGGAGCUUAAGAACUAGGCCUCACUGAAACCAAACAGGGCAAUCGGAAAGAAAAGUUUCCUCGGAGUUGAAGCGAUCAAUCCUUCAAUUGGAAUGGGUUGUGCCCGUGUGGCCACUUAUCUGGACCGGUUCAUGACUUACAAACUCUUCAUGUGCAUAACCCAAGAAGAUGCACUGUUUUGCCUUGGCAUCAAGUUUUGAUCUU